CUGGAAAUAAGUUGUAAGUCCAAUAAGCCUAAUAAAUCUAAAUAAAAGAAUAAAAUGUAACUUUCAUGUUACCAUGGUGAUAAUGAGUGGAAAUUAAUAUCCUCAGUUAUAUCAUCAAUUAAUAUUCAACUGCUGUUUUAAUGGAGACAGACUUCGCAGGAGGAGGAGAUGGCAGUUUAGAGUGGGAGGCAAAAAAGUCCAACAUGCAGUCAGAUGCGCAACUUUUAGUGAAUGAGAAGGGGGGAGGGGGUUUUGCGCCUGUUCUGCCCUUAGACAGGCGCUUACCUCGCCCGCUGGGGCUGCCGUGCCACCCGGACACUCUGUGGGCCAUGACCUUGGACUGCAUACUAAUGGAGGAGACGGACAUUGACGUGGAGGGACAGACAGAUGGUAGCGAGGUUGUGAGGAGCGCGUAUUUUUCAUUGUUAAAUAAGACGAACACGAACUUGGAGCAAAACGCUUCAUCCUUCACUCCUGAAGCGAGGGAGGAGGGAGACUUUGCUGUCCAGCUACAGGACGGUGGUCCAAGCAGGAGAACCGCAUCGGUGAAGCCCCCAUACUCGUACAUCGCUCUUAUCACCAUGGCCAUCCUCCAGAGCCCGAAAAAGAGACUCACCCUCAGUGAGAUAUGUGACUUUAUCAGCCAGCGCUUUGUGUAUUAUCGGGAGAAGUUUCCUGCGUGGCAAAACUCAAUCCGUCACAACCUGUCUCUAAACGACUGCUUUGUCAAAAUGCCCCGGGAGCCUGGGAAUCCCGGAAAGGGAAAUUAUUGGACCCUGGAUCCCUUGUCUGCCGAUAUGUUUGAAAACGGGAGUUUUCUUCGGCGGAGGAAACGCUUCAAGAGGCAACAUUUCUAUUUGGGGACGCUGAAGGACUCCAGGGCGCAGGAGCGCAGCCUGAUGCCAGUUUUCCCUCUCCUCGGUGCGCACAGAAUGGGUUCUUGUCUCCAGGGGCCCGACGCGUUCCGAAAUCUGGGUGUAGAAACCCGUAUCAUACCUGCGCUCUCUUCGCUCCUCUCCAAGAAUUUCCCCUCUUGUUUAACAUUUGAACAUUUCGACCCGGGACGCUGCGCCGUUGUCCCACCACUGGCUCCGAACUCUUCGUUCAUGACUCCUGUCUCGCUGCACGGAAUGAUUCCCAACUACCCCGUUACCCAGCUGUCCAAUUUCCCCACUGGGAUCAUUAAAAUUUCGUCUAAUUUAAUUUAAUUUAAUGUCACGUUAAUGUCCCUGCAUGCUUUGAUAUCACGGAGAAAUGAAGUGUAUCUUCGUCCUCUCAGCCUCAGAAUAAACUUACGGUACUUUAUAUAAUUAAAAACAGGUACUACAGAUUUUAAUGGUGGCCUUAGCUUGUAAAAAGGCCAGUGUAUUUAGAAAUGGGUUUUCUUGAAGUGAAUGUUUAUGAUAUUUUCUAGCUCUUAAAUUGUUUGGAAUAAAAAGUUAUACGAUUUGCACCGUG